AUGAAACAGAACACCAUGUCGUUGCCCAGAACUAAAGGUUUUAAAUCCAAAGCCGCGACGGACAUACCUCCCCUUCUAGGGAAGGUCAUACUCGUCACCGGAGGCAGCACCGGCCUUGGGAGGCAAUCCGUGAUUGAACUCGCUCAGCGUAAGCCCUCACUUAUCUGGCUCACCGCCCGAAGCUCGGAAAGGGCCAAAACGGCCGCGGAAGAGAUCCAGAGGGUCGUCCCUGAUGUACCGAUCAAGCCGCUGGCGCUCGAUCUAGCUUCUUGUCGAUCCGUGAAAACAGCAGCUAAAACCUUCUGCGACUCGUGCGACCGUCUAGACAUCCUCCUACUAAACGCCGGCACGAUGUCCUACACACCAGGCAUGACUGAGGACGGUUACGAAGUCCAUUUUGGCACAAACUACUUAGGACACGCACUCUUGACGAAGCUGCUUCUCCCUACGCUGUUGAGCACAGCCCAGGCCGACCCUGAUUCAGACGUUCGAAUCAUUUUUGUUUCUUCGGCAGUACACAAGCAAGCACCUGCCGGCGGUAUCCAAUUCGAUAAUCUUAAAUCGAAGGCUACCAACCUAGAUGCAAUGGCGAGAUACGGACAAAGCAAGUUAGCAGUCAUACUUUUCGCGAAAGAGUUGGCACGACAGUAUCCUCAAGUGAAAAUUGCCUCAGUACAUCCAGGAGCCGUUAAGACGCCUCUUAGCGCUUCUGUCAGUAGCAAGAACCUCCUGCUCCGUUGUCUUAUGAUUGUGGGAAGGUUGUUCAUGUCUAGUGUCGAAGACGGAGUGAAGAAUCAGCUAUGGGCUGCUACCUCCGGCGCUGUCAUUAGUGGCGAGUAUUACGAACCGAUCGGAGUGUCUGGCAAGGCAGGAAAAUAUGUGAAGGAUGCAGUUCUAGCGAAUAAGCUUUGGGAGUGGACGGAAAAGGAGAUAGAAGGCUACAGAAUGCGACUAGUAGAGGCUCAAUAG